AUGAACCCAAAUAACUUCGAAAUCAAAGUCAAAUGUCUUACAACGAAUCCAGCAAUAUUUCGUUUCAAGCCGCCAACUGCAAGUAUUCAAAAACAGGAAUUCAAAAUGAUUGAAAUCGUCAAGAAAAAAAGUUCCCGCAAAACUGAGAAAUUGCGAGUCGAAUGGAGUGAUGGAAAAUUGACACCACAAAAAAUGGACUUGAAUAUCAAGAUAAUUUGA